GUACCAUCACUAGCCGGAAAGAAGAAGCGCCAAUUGGCGAAAUUGCUAUUGUUAAUUGUUUUUAACGUGAAUUACAAGAUAAGUACACAGAUUAAAAGGCCGGAGAAUGUCGGAAGAAGCGGCUAGCACCUCGUCCUUUGGCUUCAAGAAGCGGAACCUCAAGAAGGGAGCCGGAAUUCGUCGCAAAAAGGAAACCAGCAGUGAUGAAUCUGCAAAAAGCAGCGAGGAAGAGACCAAAGGCAAAGCCAGUGCUCUGGUGCGAGCCGAGAACCGUCGAAAGCGCACGAAUCCCAACUUUCAGAGCACCAAGACGAUGAGCAAAGCAAAGAGACAGGCGGGAGCUACGGGUGAAGACGGCUCAUCAUCCGCCUCAGACGAUGAUAAACUGGGCAUUGCGUACAAAUCCAAGCGCGAGGCGCUGCCCAGUGGUCCCCAAGACCAGGGAGCUACAUCGAUUAACGAAAUGGACACAGAAUUAGAUCGAGAUGCGCAGGCAAUUCAUGCGCGAGCAUUGAAAAUCAACGAGGAGCUGGAGGGCAAGGCGGACGAUAAGAUCUACCGCGGAAUCAACAACUAUGCGCAGUACUACAAGAAGCAGGAUACAGCGGCAGGGAAUGCCAGCUCCGGAAUGGUACGAAGUGGCCCAAUUAGGGCUCCUGCCCAUCUGAGAGCCACGGUCAGGUGGGAUUACCAGCCGGAUAUCUGCAAGGACUACAAGGAAACGGGAUACUGCGGCUUUGGCGACAGCUGUAAGUUUCUGCACGAUCGCAGUGAUUACAAAGCUGGCUGGCAAUUAGAAAUGGAUCACGAGAAUCAGCGAACGGGUGAUGUAGACUCCGAUGGCGAUGAUGGCAAGUAUGAGAUUCACUCCGAUGAAGAAACACUGCCUUUCAAGUGCCACAUCUGCCGACAGAGUUUCGUCAAUCCCGUGGUAACAAAGUGCAAGCACUAUUUCUGUGAAAAGUGCGCCUUGGCCCAGUACAAAAAGUCACAGCGCUGCAUCAUCUGUUCCCAGCAAACAAAUGGUAUUUUCAAUCCCGCCAAAGAGCUGAUAGCUCGCCUUAAGACAAACCCAAUGGAAAACUCAGAUAGCGAUGAGGAGGAAUUUGGGAAAAAGGAGGAUAAAGCGGAAGCAGGGGAGGAAGCUCAGGAGAUUUCUUCGGAUGAUAGUGAUUAGUAUAUUUUCAAAUCAUAUGUACAGGUUGUGAAAAUAAAUAGGGACAUUUUUA